UGAGCUUGUGUAGAUUCUGGAAGCUGUCAUCCAGUGUAGAAAAUAUCACAGAUUAUUAUGGGUUCUAUUAUCUUUUGACGUGUCGCUCGCAUCCGGUAUACACAACUCUUCUGCUUCCAUAAUGCCGCACGACAUGGCCUCGCCCACUUUGUUGCAUGUUCCCUUGGAGAAUUGCAGGAUUUAUGAUGUCACCAUCCCAGGAAGAAGCUUGUUGUAGUCCAAACCAGUCGUUUUUGUAGGCAAUAAACUGCCAUAUCUUUAAAAGACAAUAUCUCCGUUUGCAUUGAACUUUCAGCGCUGUAACUUUGCAGAUACUGUUUAUGCUCAAGCAGCAACAUUACACACUAACUAAAGUUAAAAAAGUGGAAUUGCAAUGAUCCAACCCUUUAAAGAAGUCACCACUCACACAUCAAAAUCAUCAAAUUCUUCUCAAUUGUGAUUUCAGAAUCCAACUUCUAUAGAAUGUCUUCAAAAUCUUCUUGAUCGGAUCGGUAACAUUACAGCUCAAGUGCUUCCUGUGGAUACUGUGACUGACCUUUUGAAUAUGGUGCACAACGCUUCAAAGAUUUUACAGUCAUCAUCAUCAUCAUCAUCAUCAAUCAGCCCAGCUGAACUCGCCUACUAUGGAAACCGUUUGUUAUUAAUCAACGAAAAACUCAUCUCUACAUUGGUGAAGCCAACAAAUACGAGUGACAAUGUCAGUUUUUCUCUUGCUGCUAUAGAGGUUGAAGUCUUCAUGGUUGGACCACAUUUCACCUUAGAUAAAAUCCCUCAACUCAACACGACAAAUUCUUCUGUGGACAUUGAUCUCAUUGGGAUCGCCAAGAACAACAAUGAAACAAGAUCAGCUGCUGUGGCUUUCAUGAGCUACAACACAAUAGAGAAUCUACUGAAGCCCGACUUCUUCAACACAUCAAAUGACACGAUUAAAACCAUGAUGUCCACUGUGAUCUCAGCUACUCUUCCCAAAACCACCAACACUAAACUCACCAAACCAGUCAAUUUCACCCUCAAACACAUCAGAGAGUUCGACCCCAGCGGUUCUCUGUCCUGUGUGUACUGGAAUAUCAGCGAGUGGAUUGUAGAUGGUUGUUCUGUCUUAGAGACCAACAGCAGCUACACUGUGUGUUCCUGUGUCCAUCUGUCAACAUUCGCUCUCAUCAUGCAAACCAGCAGACCAUCAGAGAGCGACCCACAGCUGGAUCUGUUGAAUUUGGUGUUUGUGUCUGUGGGGCUGGUGUUCUUCAGUUUGGCCCUGUUGACCUUUGUCCUUUGUCAGUGGAGUCCUGGAGUGAAUAAUGUGGCUCGAAUCAACAUCUGCAUCAGUCUUCUGCUGGCUCACCUUCUGUUCCUGCUCACACAACAGUUCCUGAACCUCAUACGCCGUCAUCAGGUGUCGUGUGCCGUGAUAUCAGGUUUGCUGCACUUCCUCUUUCUCUCCGGCUUUGUGUGGAUGUUCAUUGAAGCUGUGCUGCUCUUCAUCUGUGUGAAGAACCUAUCACAGAUCAGCUCCAAAAAGAGGGAGGUGCUUAGCAGUGGAUUCCUGUGUGUGAUUGGAUAUACGGUUGCUCUGGUUGUGGUGGCCGUGUCUGUCGGGCUUGUUCCUGAAGGUUAUGGCAGCGAACACUGCUGGAUUAAAAUGGAUAAAGGUUUUAUCUGGAGUUUUCUGGGACCUGUUUGUGUCAUACUAGCAUUAAACAUGAUUCUCUUCAUCUGCAUCACCAUCAGUCUGAACUCAACUUUGAAAAAUCUGAACGUUGAAGUUUCACAGAUGAAACAAACCAAGAUUAUGACAUUUAAAACACUGGCUCAGUUUGUGGUUCUUGGUUGCUCCUGGAUUCUGGGUUUCUUCACUAAUGGCAGUAAGGAGCUGGAGAUCCUCUUCCUGAUCUUGAACUCCCAGCAGGGAACCUUCAUCUUCCUGGUCUAUUGUGUCCUCAAUAAAGAGGUCAGACAGCAGUACCGGAAGUUCUUCAGAUGUCUUUGCUGUGGACUCAAACCCAACAACAUCAAAAGUGUCCAGGAAAAAAUGUUGGGGACUAAAGCAUCCAUAUUCAGGAAAUGAAUGAAGCACCAUUAUCAUACAGUAAUCAAUGCUUUCAGAUAUUAACACCAGUCUCAGCUUCUGACUUUAAAUUAGUAAUUACUAGCCUUACUGGUCUAAUAUUAUAGCUAUUAUUUUUUUAUGUAAAUCUUUUAACUUUCUUUACUAUUAGUUUCUUGGUGGAGGGUUUGUUGCCUCAUUCUUUUAGACCUGUGUGUGAUUUAUUUUACUCUAGACCCCUAAAGAGAUUUGUGUUUCCUUUAGUUCACCAUAGACCUUUAAGAAUAAUGAUGAAGACAAUAAAUGAUUGUAAUGUUUUGCUUAAUAUUAAUCAGUAAAUAAUGUAUUCCCUGGAACAUUCUUAUAACUUUGACUAAUGUUCUGACAAGGUUCUCUCAAAGUUAUGAACAAACAUUAUUCCGGUAACAUUUAUAGAGUGUUUGUUCAACGUUAUCUGGUCUUUAAUAAUGUUCUCAAAAGGUUAGCAUAAAAAAAAAACAUUAUUUAUACAUUGUUUCUAGAAGGUUUUUUGAAUGUCCUCAUAAUGUUGGGAGAAAACGUUCUUUGAACAACAUUCUUGGAACAUCCUUUAAACAUUAGAAUGACAACUAACUUCAAAUAAAUAAGAUUGUGUUUGCUCUGUUAAAAGAACAUCCUUGUAAAGUGAGAAAGUUUCGUAACCUGUCCCAUAGUUAUUGUUCCUAAUUUUCUUUUUAAUUUAUAUAAAGUUUAUACAAGUUUAUUCUGAAAACACCUGCAAAUUAAAAAAAAAAAGCAAUAAAAAAAAAUUCAUUAUCACUGCUUCUUUUCUAACUGUGACUGAGACCAGAGUCCUUCUUACGGGGAGUACAGAUCCAUCUGAACUGCGAGUCCAUGUCUAAUUGCAGCGAUGUGAGAAACAAUGCUAACUCAGUCAUUUCAAAUCAGUCGGCUUAUGAUCAAUGCAGUGAAUGUGGUGAAAUCCAUGGGGAACAAAUUCCUCUUGCUAAAUUCCUGAUUGCACAAUUCCUAGUGAGAUGAUGCUGUUUUGCCUGUCGAAUUCGCCAUUUAAUUUGCUCCUGAGAAAUGCAAUAUCUGCUGAUAUACUGAGGACCUUAUAUAUAGAUGCUGUGAUAGGCGUUGUAUUCCUAUAGGUAGACGCAAGUCACCUGGGAGUCAGCUGAUGCGAGCUUGACUGACGUGACCUGCCAGAACUGACGCUAACGCUGGAUAUUAAUUUCCCAAUUUUGAAAAAAAAUGGACAUCUUUAUUGACAUCUUAUGCUAACAUUAUACUUGAAAAUACUAAUUAAAUAAUUCUUCCAUUUUCAUCCUGUUCAAAUGAGAAAAACUAUUCAAAUUUUAACUGUCAAAAAUUCAAACUUUUAGGUCUGGCUUUCUUUCGUUUUGUGCUCAGCAAUUAGUUCAGUCAUUUUAUGAUCCCGCUCCAUAUGGAAACCAUUUCACUCUCUGCAGAAACAGCAUAAGAAAGAAAAGAAAAGCAUCAUUUACUUCUGAAAAUGCAACUCUCAUCUCAUUCUUGUUCAGGUCAGACAGCGUUGCUUCAGAUGUCUUUGCUGUGGACUCAAACCCAACAACAUCAAAAGUGUCCAGAAAAAGGACUACAGCAUCCAUAUUCAGGAAAUGAAUGGAGUACCAUUAUCAUACAGUGAAUUACCACUACAACAUAAUCAAGAAUAUUAACACCAGUCUCAGCUUCUGCCUGUAAAUUAUCCUACUGUAUACUGGUCUUAUUUUAUAGCUAUUUGAUGUAAAUUGUUUAAUCUUUUAAAUGUCUUUACUAUUAGUUUCUUGGUGGAGGGUUUGUUGCCUCAUUCUUUUAAGAACAUUAAGUGUGACGAAGACAGUAAAUGUAAUUUUUUUGCAUAUUGAUAUUAAUCAGUAAAUAAUGUAUUGGUUUCCUUGUA